GGCAAUGUUUACGGUCAGUCAGUCAGUCGUGUCCGGGCCGAGGGAAGGAAGGAGCGCCGCCGUCUCACAUUUUCCACCCGCCUCCCGGCCGUCACCCAGGUACAGCCCAGGCCACAGUGCCGCGCCUCCCCUCUCCCCUCCCUAGUGUGUGACGAGAGCUGUGUCUGUCGCCCCCUUUCAGACCCAUGUAACACAGCUCCCCGCCACCACCGCCGCCGCCAUGGAGGGAGGAGGCCGCCGCAAGCUUCACGGCAGCGGUGGAAAAGGAGGGAGUGACGAGUGUGCGCUGAGUGUCGGGGACAACGUGGUGUGGCUGAGUGACGACUACCCCGAGCUGGGCGUGGUGCAGUGGACCGGCAAGCUGUCCGAGAGCUCCGGCUGGAUGGUGGGCGUGGAGUUUGACAACCCCGUCGGGAAUGAUAAACACAAGGUGAACGGCCGGCCGCUCUUUGACGCCGAACCAAACCACGGGUCGCUGCUGCCCGUCAACAGCCUCAUGCGCACCGAGGACCUACUGGGUAAAGAGGCCUGCUCGGCGGACCACGGCGGCCGCCCUCCACCACCACCACCACCAAGCAAUAAACGGCCAGCCCACGUCAUUGCAAAGAGUGACAAUCAGCUGGGGAGUGAUAUGACCAGCAUGACGCCCUUCCACAUGCUGGCCUACGAGCACCUCACCACCCCCGGCAGCCAGCGAGGCUCUGCACCGCCGCCGCCCUACAAUGACAAGGAGUGGGAGCUGCUGCCUCACAUGACAUACGGGCAGAAGAACAUGAGUAUCAACAAGGACGUUCCGCACGACCACAAGCCGCGGCAGAGGGACAAGGGCAAGAUCCUGAACCGCAACGUAGACAAGAAGAACAACAGGUGGAAGUCAUCGGGGAGCAGCGGCCGCCCCCUACAGAUCAACGCCGAGCCGGAGCAAACACACUCGGUCAGCGGCAGCAGCUUCGGGGACUCUGAGAUCCCCGUCAACCCACUCUACCACCUCUCAAUACAUGGAAUCGACCAGCUGGAGGUGGUGUCCGACAGUGACGGUGGAGUAUACGACACCCCCGAGGGAAGCCUGGACGGACUAGAGGAGGACCUGGACAUUGGCUCAAUGGUGGAGGUGGUGAUUAAGGAGGUGCCAAGGUUUGGGGUCAUUCGCUGGAUUGGCAUUCUUCCGGGGGACAAGAAGGAGGGACGGAAGGCAGCGGGCGUGGAGAUGGAAGACUCUGAAGACGGCUUGUCCGACGGAACAUUUUGCGGCAAGCGCUACUUCACGUGUGCGCCCGGCAAGGCCCUGUUCGUGCUGCUGCGUAUGUGCCACAAGGACAGCCGCUUCCUCGAGUCCGUCUCCUCCAACCCGAGAGCCAGCCUGGUAGCAUGCAAGAUGUGGUCCGACAUGAGUGUCUGCAAGAGAGCGGUGCAGCCAAUCCGCUGCAAGCUUACCAACCUGCCUAGGCGCCAGGAAUCUAGCUUAAGUGAACAUGCGUUUGGAAGCAUGGACUGCCAGCCUGUCGGAGGAAGCGUCGCGCCUCUCUCGGCCCCAGACGACGUGAGGGCGAUGUUUGGCAAGAACCGCGGCAUCCAGGGACACCAGAACUCCUGCUACCUUGACGCCACGCUCUUCAGCAUGUUCGCCUUCACCAGCGUGUUCGACAACCUUCUGUUCCGGCCCCAGACCUCCCACGACAUCAAGGAGUACCACGAGGUCCAACGGGUUCUGCGUGAGGAGAUCGUCAACCCGCUGCGCGCCAACCUCUUCGUGCGUGCCGACCGCAUCAUGAAGCUGCGCACUAUGUUGGACCAUCUCUCCUCCGUGCGCGGCCUCACCACCGAGGAGAAAGACCCAGAGGAGUUCCUACAUUCCUUACUGGCGCAAAUCCUGCAGGCCGAGCCCCUUCUUCAGCUGUCGUCCGGCCAAGAGGCGUACCACUACCAGCUGUUUGUGGACAAGGACGAGAAGCUGAAUCUGCCCUCGGUCCAGACUCUCUUUGACCAAUCUUUCCUAACCUCAGAUAUUAAGCUUAAACAAGUUCCGUCCUGCCUGAUCAUCCAGAUGCCUCGGUUUGGGAAGGACUACAAGAUGUACCCUCGGAUCCUCCCCUCCAUGGUGCUGGAUGUCACGGAUGUUAUAGAGGAUUCUCCCCGGCAGUGUAUCAUCUGUGGCAAGUUGGCCGAGUACGAGUGUCGGGAGUGCUUCGGGCAGUGUGGCUCGGGGUUGGAGAGCAUCGCCUUCUGUGCCAAGUGUAUGGACAAGGUUCACAGCCACAAGAAAAGAGGUUGCCACGCAUCAACGCGCAAGCUAAAGGUUCCUCCGGACUUCCAGAUGCUGGCCGACCACUGCGGCACCAUCCCAAGGGUGUACAUGGAGCUGUUUGCCGUGGUGUGCAUCGAAACCUCACACUACGUGGCCUUCACUCGCUGUGGCUCUGGGGCCGACGCCACCUGGUGCUUCUUUGACUCUAUGGCUGACAGGAAGGGUGAGCAGCACGGGUACAACAUCCCGACGGUGGUGGAGUGCGGGGACCUCAUGCAGUGGGUGGGGGACGAGGGGAGCCAGAUGCUGCACGCCGUCACCGACAACAAGGCGCUGCCGGACCUGCCGCGCCGCCUGCUGUGCGACGCCUACAUGUGCUUCUACCAGAGUCCUAAGGUCAUGAUGUACAGAUAAAGAUGAGUAUGUCCUUUAUUUUUAUAGUGUAAAUAGGAAUUGUCAAAUGGAGUGGGUGUAUGAGUGUAAGGGUGUGACUGUGUGAGUGUGUGUGUGGACCCAUGUGCACUGUAUAUUCAUGUGCACACCUUCGUAUGUGUGAAAGACUGAUGUGGCCCGUCUCAUUGGGUGCUCUUCCUUCCUCUGCCUGUAAUUGUUUUCCUGUUCCUCAAGUCCUCGGCCCCGCUGCCCUUGGUGUGGGAGUGGACCGAUGAUGCUGGUGACAAUGAUCUUGAAUUAUACAUUUUGUAAUGACCGAAUCUACUCUGUCAUCAGUGUCCAGCAAUGAAAAUACAAUGUUAAUAUGAUAUAUAUUAUGUAAAUACCACAUAUUUAUAUUGACGAAUAAAUUACAGAGUAGGAAACAUGCUUGCAUAUAUGCAUAUGUUUUGAAGAAGUAGUUGACUUUCCAACUCUCAACUACUCGCUGUUACUCUUGCAAAUUUACAUUCUUCAUAGAGGAUACUUGUUACAUCAUUUGGUCAACCUGUUAAACGUGUUCACUGCAGUUUGCCGUGUGAAGACAAGUCUGUACUUACAAUCAUCUCGUAUUUUAUGUAUUGGGCCGGACAUGGAAGGCGUAGGAAUCCCUGCUGGAAAGUGUAGGCGUUCAGUGACAGGCAAUGUAGUUAAAGAAAAGUUUUUAUUAGAUAUUUAUUUUAACUUGCUUUUGUUGAUGAUUGCACAUAUAAUAUAUUCUAAAGUACUUUCCCUACUGGAAAUAUAUUUACAGCAAUGCUUCACAUGCUGUGCUGGCAAACAGCCUAACUCAAUUUCACAGUGGUAGUAGGUGAACCUUUCUUAUUUAUUUAGUUCUAUCUAGAAUUAGUAAUGUGAGUCAUGUCCAAAAUGUCAUCAGUUUAGGAGGAGGCAUCAGAAAAGCACCAUUCCUUAGUUUGCACGAAGGAUCUCAGGCCUGAGCGAGUGACUUCCAGCAAGACACUGGCCUUGGCAAGCUGUGUUGUGUGGUCUUCCCGGCGGUGGAGUGGCCGGCCAGCGUUGGCGUUUUUUGUCUGAAGAAUCCCACGUCUUGACAGGAUCAGAAUCCCGUGUUGUGCUUGUAUAUCUGACAUACUGAAAGAAGCAUCAGUUAGUAUAUGCAGGAGAGAGUGAACGUUGUGAUAAGCGUGAGACAGGUGACUUGUUUGAUGGUUCUGUACUGUGAGGAUGAGAAUAAAUGGGAAAGAAGAAAGUGAUGAAGGAUAAAAAUACAUAUGAAUAUAUAGCAUGAUAAAGCCAAGUUAAGAAUGGUUUCAAGUAGAGGCACUGUACCUCAGCCCCAUCAACUUAGGCAUAUAUGGAUUCUGUCUCUCUUAGUAUACAGUUUUAAAGUUGUAUGUACUCCCCAAGUCACUAAUGAUAUCAAAAGAUGCUUGAAGUCAGCUUAGUAAAUUUUCUUCUUUGUUAUAUGAAAAUCUAUUACUUUUUUAAUAUGCAGAAGCAGACCAUCGCCUCAAAAAAAUAAAUCUUGCUCACCCAAGCGUGCCAUUUCCAUACCAGUAAAGCCACACAGGACUGACAGCAGGCUUGGGUCCAAGGACAUGCACUUGUACUUGUACUCGUACUGUAGUACACAAUAUCAUGUACUUCAGGGCCAAAAGUUCCUUAAUAUUUGUGCUUGUAAUUGUACUCGGGCUUCAAGUACUCGACAGUUUUAUGAAUAGUACUUUCAAGUUCAUUCAAAAAAUGCAAACGUGUGUCUAGUGUGGUGUUUGACGACCUGCCUGGUUGUUGGUUAGGUCAGGGUGAAGGUUUAACAAGGGAGUGUCCUAAGCUUGGGCCUUAGUGAGGCCAGAUGGCCUGCACCCCAGGGUGAGGUGACACUGAGGUCAUGUCAGGUGACGAGCACAAAGAGGGGCAGUUUGCCACUUCUCAAAAGCAGUGGUCAAUUUCCAUGACUGAGGUGAUUCAGUAGAUGCCUGGAGCUGCUGGGUGAAGUGUGGGCUGUGGAGCUGCUGCCUGACAGGUUGUGACCUCAUCUGUGUUUGCAAACACUUCAUCUAUAUUCCAUCAUGAGUUUCGUUAUCCGUAUUGCAUCCCGAUUUUAAUUUAUGGUAAAUCAUUACAGUGAAGCAAUAUUUCAAGGUUAAAUGAGUAAAAAGGUACUUGUACUUAGAUUCAAGUACAGUACAAAAGUACUUGGACUUGGACUCGAGUUAAGCUCUGCAACUGAGUACUUGUACUAGGGUUCGUGAUAUCAUAAUGUAAUCACACAUGGAUUCAAGUACCUAAAAAUGUACUUGAACCUAAGCCUGACCGACAGACACUAAAUUCAUGACUCCUCACUAACUUAGAUGCUCAAUCUUUGUGUUAAGACAUUUUUAAACCUUGUCUGCAUGUAUAUUAUCUUAUCAGUCUGAAUAGUUUCCUGAUGCAUGACCACGUCUAGUUAAUGGAGAUAAGUUUUUUUCUGAUGGUUGGGUGUGUAGCGAACGUAAUGACUGGUGGGUAAUGACAACAUAAGGAAUGAAUGAUAAUAUUUAAGACUGGGAGAAGUGGUCAGACACAUUAGACUAUGUUGCUUGGAUCACCUCAAGAAACUGAAUUGGAAUGAGAUGGUAAAAAAAUUGUGAGCAAGGACGGUGAAUGGAACUGUGAGAGGACAAGCAAUGCAGUGUACGCAGCAAACCCUCACUUUUACAGACCUUGAUAUAAUGAAUUUGGGCUUUAACCCGGUAGCAGCGGGGAUCAUGUUUCUUAACGGUCCCUCUAAGCAAGAAAAACGAGAAAAAUCAUCACUCACACAAACCAUUUCAUAAUAUAUAUCAAAGCAUUUGUGAUCAGUUUACGUAUCAUCUAUUUUGGGGGGUUUACAUCAUGGCACAAAUUUGGCCUGUCGCUGCUACCGGGUUAACAAACUUUUCUGCCUUUCCGGUAUGUGCUGGGAUUUAUGGAACAAAUUUGGUAACUGCAGGAUUAUGUUCAGUGGUGGGCUGGCCAAGCAUGUACAAUCGGUAGAAAAAUUAUCAAACACCUUUGCGUCGAUUGAACAGAUAUUGAGCGAAUCCUGUUGACAUGGUUUUAUGUCAGCUCGGUAGGUACCAGUGGCUCGAGUCUACUCAUUGCCAUCCACCUAACCAACACAACACCAUGUCUUUAGAUUUCGCUCAAAGUCUAUUCAGUCGACUAUUGGGUGUUCGAGACUUUUUUUGCCGACUGUACACACACGUUCGUUAGCGUAACACAAUGUCCAACAUGUAACUAUUGUUUUAAUUUCCCUGUGUGGAUGUAGCAUUUGUGAUGACUGCAUGUACAUAAGUAUUCAAACUCUCAUCUGAUAUAACGAACAAGCUUUGCUAUUUACGGAAAUGGUCAGAAAUAAGGAACUUUCAGCUCAUAUAACGAACGAAGUUUGUUAUAUAUCAAAAGUUUGGAUCCCUCGGAUAUAAUAUAACUUCCCUUCCCCCAGUUGGCUUGUUAAAGCGAGGGUUUAUUGUAUAGGACAGAGUUUUGGGAUGCAUAGUUUAGUGAGGGUGGACAGGAAGGGAGGACCACUAGAAUGUCAUAGGAUGGCAUGUAUGGACAAGAGAAAGUGGAGAUAUCUACCAAGGCAAUGUCUGUGAAGGGGUUCUGAGGGGUAGCAUCAUCAGACAUCUACCAAGGCAGCGUCUGUGAAGGUGUUCUGAGGGGUAGCAUCACAAGAGAUAUGUAUGGUUGGCAAAAAAAGCAGCGAACACCCACGAGUUGAUUGAAUGGAAUUUGAGUGAAAUCUAUAGUCAUGGUGUUGUGUUGGUCAGGUGGGUACCAGUGGAUAGACUCUACUGGUUGGUACUCUCUUAACCAACACAACAUAGAUUUCACUCAACUUGUAUUCAGUCAAGCCCUGGGUGUUAGAUACUUUCUUUGCUGACUGUGCCUAGACAGGUGCCCGUGAGUCACACACCGGCAACGACAGGUAGUCAUGAGGGAGUCAUCAGAGUGUUGUUUAGGGUGAACAUGAACAUGAGAGUUUGAGACAACCUACUUCCAUUGUUUGGUUUCAAGAGUGCAUGCAUGUGUGUAUUCAUAUGUGUGUGUGUUCAUGUGUUUGAAGUUAAAACUACAGUAAUGUAAACUAACAUGCAUUUUCCCUUCAUUUAUGGCUGUUCUCUCCACUUUCCUUGAUGAAAACUUUUAAUUCAUCUAAUGAGACAAAGUCAGAGGUGGGAAUGAAGCAGAUUGACUGACUGACCUAACUAAAGGAACAUCUUCAGAAGGGCUGCAGAGAAAAAUUACAUUCAAGGUGUCCUCAUUGCAUGGAUGUUGUCACAAGUUUGGAGGUAACUUGGAUCUGCCUUUUAAUCACUUUGUGGGUAAGGCUGCUUCUUAUACUUUGGCAGACAGCACCUGAAAAAAAAAAUUGCAGGCUUUCAUUUGUACUUUAGAAAUGAAGUUGUCUAGGCCUAUGAGAAGUGGCAUGAAAGAAGGGUUGUAAAAUAAACUUGAGCAUGCCAUUCCUUCAAAGGUUAACACUUUUCUUUUCAAAGGUAUCCUGGUAGAGUAACUCAUUUAUCAGUUUGGUUACAUAAAGUCAUGUUUUUGAUUAAAAAUGUCAGUUUACACAUUUAUGGCCACCACCGUUGCCAGAUUGUCGUACUUAGAGCAUAGUAUUUACCGGUUUCCGAUGCCUAAUUAUUGCAAGAAACAUCAGAAUCUAACUCUUUUGACGAUAACUAUAAAUUAGUUUCGUUAUUGGAGCCCAGAAGACAGUUUGGGAGUAGGAAGUCGGGAAAUCUAAGCGGGAGAGUACGACAAUCUGGCAACGUUGAUGGCCACACAAACUCUUGCUUGUGUCACUGUCAAAAAAGUUGUUCUGUUAACAAAUAGUUGUGUCGCUGUGUGUGUGAUGACCUAACCGUUGUGUUCCUCGAGUGUCUUGUUUGGAUUGCUUUGUUGUUGUGCCUCAGCCUCCCUGACUGUGUUGGUGGGACUUGCUUUCCCUCGGUGGCUCCAGAAGCUGUGUUCUUGUGAGUUGAAGAAAGGGUUUGCAAGACACUGCUGUCAAGUGUUUGUCUUUGCAAACCUGAAAACUGUUAAUAAUUUUUAUAAUGAUGGCAAGUAUGUAAGCUUUGAUGAACAGCAAAAGGACCAUCCUCUUGUGACUGUAUGAGAUGUUUGAAUCUACAAUUAACCAGAAAGCAUCUUUUGUACUCCACUAUAAGUAUUUCCUGGCUGGAGAACAACACUUGAGUCUAGUCAAGCUUUUAUUAAUAGAUGACAUUUUAUUACAUGUGUGCUCUUUUUCUACACUUUUAUGUUGACAUUGCUUUUAGCAUCACCAUUUUGUGCUGAAUUUUGUUCAGUAAAAUAUUGUGAGCAGGGCAAGCAGCUUUUCCGGUGACUGGGAACACUGAAAUCAUGCCGUGGUUUGGAAGUGUUCGGAGCCUUGCCGCCCUGCGAGGCGGUGAGUUCAGAAGAAACACUUCAGCUGUGUGAUUACCUGAAAGUAAAUCAAAACUCUAUUCUUUUGAGUAUUGGUGAAGUUUGUCAAAAUUCUCUAUGUAGUUUUUUGUAAGGAUGCUGAAAUUAUUAUUAUUAUUAUUAUUAUUAUUUUUUUCACUUUUCACUUGUGUCCUAGUUGCAAUGUAAUUUGAAAAUUCAGAUUUGAUUUCAGUAGCUGAUUUGAUCAUGUAAAUCAGAAAUGUUAUAUUUAUCAGAACAUUAUAAACUGUUGAAAGUUUUAAUGAGUCAGUACAAAGUUUAGGAAUUUAAGAAUAGAUUAAUGGAAAGGUUUGAAUUUUUUAUUAUUUCACCAGUUUUCUCAAUCAGCUGAGGCCGUGCCCGAGCCUGAUACACAAGUGCCAGUUUUUAAUAUUGCCAUAAAUCAUGCUUAGAACUCCAUAAUGUUUGAUGAGCAAUGGUGCUUGGAGUAUGUUACACAAAUACCAUCUUGUGAGACUGCCAGAACUUGCUGAGCAAAAUUACCAUUUGAGCAUCAUGCUCCUUUCCCUUUUAAUAUGCAGGUUGAGCACACUUUGGACAAAA